AUGGCAUCUCUAGGCCGGGGCGUGAUGCGCUCAGUGAAGAACAUGAAGUACUCCGACAUCCAGGUCAAGGUCCGAGAAGCGACGAGUAAUGAGGAGUGGGGACCUAGUGGGGCGGAUAUGAAUGAGAUCGCGCAGUUGACGUUUAACCAUAAUGAUCUCCUUGAGGUCAUGGAUAUGUUGGAUAAGCGGAUGAAUGAUAAGGGGAAGAACUGGAGGCAUGUGUUUAAGGCACUGACGGUAUUGGACUACAUCGUCCACUCUGGAUCCGAGAACGUAGUCAACUGGGCAAAAGACAACCUCUACAUCAUCAAAACCCUCCGCGAAUUCCAAUAUGUCGACGAGGAAGCGAAGGAUCAAGGCGCGAACGUCCGACAAAAAGCAAAGGAUCUUACUGCAUUGUUGCAAGACGACGAACGACUCCGCGCGGAACGGAAGAACCGGUCACAUAUGCGCGACAGGCUAUCGAGUCGAAAUGAUGAUUUCAGUGCGUUCGCGGGGAGAGAAAGUCAGAGACCAAGGAGGCAACGGACUGCAAGGGAUGAUGACGACGAUGAGGAGAUGAGAAGGGCGAUUGAGGAAUCGAAGAGGUUGGCUGAGUUGGAGGCGCGGGGGUCGCGUCCUGCUCCGGUGGCUGGGGAUGAGGAUGAUGAUCUUCAGCGUGCGUUGAAGUUGUCGAAGGAGGAAGAGGAGCGGAGACAGGUUGAGCUGAACAGCAACACUGCGGCGACGUUGUUUGAUGAUACUUUUGAUCAGCCUACGACGAUGCAUGGAGCACAGGGAUACCAGCAGGGACCGGCGGUGGAUUUCUUCGGAAAUCCAUAUGGACAGCAGGCGGAGUUUCAGCAGCCGCAGUACACUGGAUACGUUCAGCCUCAGCAGACCGCAUUCAUGCAACCAGAUCAGACUGGUUACCAGCAGCAGCAGUUUGGGUACGAUCAGUACCAGCAGCCCGUUCAGCAGCCUCAGUAUGUCGGUGUUCAGCCAACAGGUUACAAUAACCCCUACGCACAGCAGCAACAGCAACAGCAAGUCAUGCCUCAGCCUACGGGAUCAAACAACCCCUAUGCGCAGGCAAACCAGCCGCAGGCUAUUGCUCCUCAACCUACCGGAAGCAACAACCCCUUCGCUCAGUUCGGACAGGUGUCACAGGCUCCUCGUCCUCAGUCCGCCAACGCCGGAAAGCCCUCGCUUAACAGUCUACAGAUGAUCCAGGAAGAGGAGCGUCAGCGGGAAGAGCAGGCAAGACAGGACGACCCCCGAUAUGCCAAGCUCGCCUCCCUCAUCGGGGCUGGAAAUGCUUCUGGUUUGGAUACCUUCGGUAACACCGGUGACCUCCGCCUGCCCUCCCAACACACCGCCGCAGCCUACGUCAACUCCGCUGGUCGUGGUGGUCUCAACAACCCCUUCCUCAGUGGACAGGUCACGGGUGCUGUUACGCAGCGUCCGUUGCAGCCUACGAUGACGGGUGUUGCGAGCAAUGUUUACACUAGCAAUGCUGGCUUCAACGCGCAGAAUGGUGGUGCGUUUGGGCAGUCGCCGUUCGGAGCACCACAACAGCAGCAGCAGCAACAGCAGCAGCAGUAUGGAAUGCAGGCGCAGGCCACAGGGUAUGCGCAGCCUCAGCAGCAGCAGGCAUUUGGACAGCAACAAUGGGGUCAGCAGCAGCAGGGUGGACAUCAGCAGAGCGGUAGCUUGAUCGACUUGUGA